UGUUGCCGUCACGUUGGCGUGAUACGACGUGAAAUGUUUCAAAAGCCGCUGUGGGCACAAUGGGCGGCUGUAUAGGACUGGGCAGGAACCGAUCGGCGGUCGUAGAAAAUUCCUCCGGCUCUUUAUCCAGGACGAUAUCGGGCAACCAGCACAACAAAACGUACAGGUUAGCUCACGAGACGAUCAGAUGGAAGUCGGACGUGCCGCUCACGGAGGGCCAGCUGCGCAGCAAGCGAGAUGAGUUCUGGGACACGGCCCCCGCGUUCGAGGGGCGCAAGGAGAUAUGGGACGCGCUGCGGGCGGCGGCCGUGGCAGCGGAGGCCCGGGACUACGACCUCGCCCAGGCCAUACUGGACGGAGCCGGGGUGUUCGUGCCCAACGGUUACAUCACGGACUGCUACGAUCAGCUCGGCGAACGUUAUCAAGUGCCGAUUUACUGCCUGUCGUAUCCGAUCAACAUAGUGAAAGAAGAUAACGGUAGGGAUUCGCCCGCGGAGUGCUCGGAGCCGGUGGAAGGCGGCGCAGAAACCGUGCUCAAGUUGCGGCUGAGCAAUUCGUUUUCGGACGUUAAAAUGACGGUUUACUCGCGGGACACGAUCGGCGUGUGCAAGAAAAAGUUACAGAGCCAAGAGGGUAUAGAGGCAUCACGGCAAAGAUGGUUCUUCGGCGGCAAGCUGCUCGGUGACAAACUGCACGUCGAGGAAGCGAAGAUCCCCACCGGUUACGUCGUCCAGGUGAUCGUCAACGUCGAAAACUCACCGGGACCCGCCAAAAGGGCGUUAUGAUGGGGAACUUAUCGUGCGUCUAGGUCGUCUCGUCGUCGGGUUGUGAGGCCGCGGGGUUUCGCACGCCGCUCCGCACCCUUUUGGACCAUAUCUCUUAGGAUAAGUUUAAUGAUAAAAAUAACGAUUACUAUAAAAAAGAAUACCACUGAACAAUAAAAAGUAU